AAAUAAAGAAUAAAAUACCUCUUUUGAUCAUGUGUUUGUUGUUGCAGUUUGUUUACUUUCAAUCGUGUUUUUACAUAACAAACAUGGAAACAAUUUAAAAAUUUAAGAGAAAUGGAAAAAAUACGUAUUGGAGUAACUAUACAAUCAUUCAACUAAUUCCUCGUUCCGCCUGUGCAUCAAAUACUGUCUUCAGAAUGGCUAGUCGAAUUCUUUUCCAUUACAUGAAUUGUGAGAAGAAACUCUUAUUCAGUACUGCAUUCUCCAAAGCUUAUUACUUCAAGCCGAUAUGCGUAUGUUGUGCGUCCAACACCUCCUCCUCUAGGAGAAGUAUAUAUAAAACAGAAGAAGUGAAGAAAUUCAGAUUUUUUGUACUUCAACAUUACUUGGAUUACUUAAAAUCGUAUAACGCAAUAUUAGAAAAGAAAUUUCCGGGCGCCAUGCGAGUCUAUCGCGUAUUCAUGGACGGUAUGAAAGAGUUUUUUAAUGAUCUAAAGUUGUACAUCAAGUUAGUACACAAUUUAAAUAUAGCGGGGAAGAGUCUCGAGACGUUUAACGUUAGAGAGGUCGAACUGUACGAACAGAUGCCGAAAGAUAUGAGACGAAUCGCUCCGUUACUGAUACUUUCAAUCUUACCGUUAACACACUAUGUAUUAUUUCCCAUAGCGUAUUAUUUUCCUAGACAUUUGUUAUGUAGACACUUCUGGAAUCUACAGCAGAAAUCCGAAUUUAGUAUUAUUUUACUGAGAAAGAGACUAGUGCAUAAUAAACCUGUCUUUAGACAUCUGCAGUUACAGUUGCCGAAACUUAAAGAAAAUGCUCUUCAUAAAAAGUGGUCGGUGGUACUGGGACUCGUCGGAAGUGGUUUACAGCCCCAACCGGAGCAGAUUGUAGCGUGCAAGGAUCUGUUUGUUAACGGACCGUAUCACCUAAUGUAUUUGAGUGGAAAUCAUGUUAAGCACUUGCUUAAAAUGCACGAGCUGCAUAUGGGCUGGUUUCGACGGACCAGAUUAGGCGACAGAGCGGUAAUCCUUCAAGCUAUGGACCGUGCGAUUCUAAGAGAAGGCGGAGUUGAGAUCUUAUCCACCGACAAUCUACGGCAUGCCUGUUUAAUUCGAGGAUUGAACCCAAUGAACAUGAAGAAUGAGGAUAUGGUCAACUGGUUGAAAGGGUGGAUCGCCGUGUCCAGUGAGAUAGACAAGGAUUCUUUGUCACUGCUGUUACAUUGUCCAAUAUUAUUGGCGUACAAUGAACCUACGAACUGGCAAUUGAUUUAUGACACCAAACAACCUAAACUAUAAGAAAUGUGAUAAUUUAUUUUGUUUACAGUACCUAAAUGUAGAAUAUUUAUUUUAUUUAUAAACCUACUGUUGAAGGAAUAAACAUGCCAUUGGUGCAUUUAUGUAAUUUCCUAA